UUGCCCCAACAGUCUGCUGAUGCUAUAGGGGCGACCUUUGGUGUGAGAGAGAGAGGCCAGAUUUGUUACGUUCACACGUUUGGGGUGCGUCUUAUUCUCCGGAGCGUCUUAGAAUCCGGGGGAAACACGGUACAGUACUGGUAAGUUGGGAAGCAGAAGCGAAGUGGGGAGGGGGGGUGAAACGGGAUGUGGUUAUGUGGGAAGCUGCAUGCGGGUCGCCAUGUAUAUUAACAUAACAUCGCGAGAGAGAGGAGGGCUGGUGCUGGGAAGAGCCGUGGCUUUCUGCAGCCUCCUCCCACAUUUCCACUGCCGCGUUCCCUGCCACUCCAAGCCGAGAGAACGGUGGGGGAGUGGGGAACGAUCCUCAGACGAAGCCAAGCCGGCCCCAAAACAUCCUCCACCCCUCCUGCGAACUCACUCCUCCCAUUCAUCCUCCCUCCACUCAGCUGGAGCGCGCGACGCUUCGCUCCACCCCAGGGCCGAGUCUCUCCGUGUGCCCGCGCGCCUCUUCAUCCGCGAGUCACUCUGCGUGCCCGCGCGUCUCUUCAUCCGCGAGUCACUCUGCGUGCCCGCGCGUCUCUUCAUCCGCGAGUCACUCUGCGUGCCCGCGCGCCUGUUCAUCCGCGAGUCACUCUGCGUGCCCGCGCGCCUGUUCAUCCGCGAGUCACUCUGCAUGCCCGCGCGUCUCUUCAUCCGCGAGUCACUGCGUGCCCGCGCGUCUCUUCAUCCGCGAGUCACUCUGCAUGCCCGCGCGUCUCUUCAUCCGCGAGUCACUCUGCAUGCCCGCGCGUCUCUUCAUCCGCGAGUCACUCUGCGUGCCCGCGCGCCUGUUCAUCCGCGAGUCACUCUGCGUGCCCGCGCGCCUGUUCAUCCGCGAGUCACUCUGCGUGCCCGCAGAGCAACGUCGAAGGGAGAGAAGCACGCCCGCAGCUCGCACUGGGCCGGUUUGGGAUCGGUCAACGGGGCAUGGUCACGUGUUGGGCGGCGUGAAUCAUGUGGCGACAGCUCUGGUCCGGUCGGCGGCUGCUGAUCGCCACGCUCGCCCCGCUCUUGCUGCUGCCUCUACCGCUGUUGUGGAGGAGCAAGGAGGCAGCAUGCGCGUACACGGUGCUGCUCACAGCCACGCUGUGGGUGUCCGAGGCAGUGCCGCUCGGAGCCGCCGCACUGCUCCCAGCCAUGCUCUAUCCGCUGCUGGGUGUCAUGCGCUCCAGCCAGGUGGCGGCCGAGUACUUCAAGGACACCACCCUCCUGCUGCUCGGCGUCAUCUGCCUCACGGCCGCCAUCGAGAAGUGGUGCCUGCACCGCCGCAUCGCGCUGCGCAUGGUGACGGCUGCUGGCGCCCGGCCCAGCCUGCUGGUGCUGGGCUUCAUGGUGUGCACCGCCUUCCUCUCCAUGUGGCUCAGCAACACGUCCACCUCGGCACUAGUCAUGCCGAUCGCCGAGGCCGUGCUGACGCAGCUCACUGAGGACGGGGCAACCUGCGGCGGUGGCGGCAAAACCGCGUCCGCCGUCACAAGCGAGGGCGCCGCCAUGAGAGGCAAUGACUCGACGACCGCCCUGCUGCCGAAGGGUGCGCGGCAAACAUCCGACCCGCAGCUGAGUUUCGGCGUCGCCAGCUUUGAUGUGGACAAUUCUGACGACGAGAUGACCGUGGACUUCAAGGAGGAGCCCACGGUGGUGACCGUUAGCCAGAGUGUUCAGGAUGGUGACAAGAUCAGUGCCUUUCAUCAGCAAGAGGUCAUCGCGGGGUCGGCAACGGAGGUCAUCACGGCGCUGGACGGGUCGUGCCGAGAUGUCGCGACCUUCGGCCUUUCCGCCACGCCACAGGAUCGUGUCGCACGCCGCGGCGUCCCCAACGGCUGCGCCGCCGCUUCGGCAAACGAUGCCGCGAGCGACGGGGAGGCGGAAGGGCGGCGCGGCGGUCUCGACAGCCCGGCCAGCGAGAGGACGGUGCUCGCGGGGAAGCGAGGGUCGGCAGGCAAGGGCGAGACGAACAGGACGCUGGGCAAAUGCCUGACCCUGGCCGUCGCCUACGCCUCCACCAUCGGGGGACUCUGCACCAUUCCGGGCACCUCCACCAAUCUCAUCUUCGCCGAGCAGUUCAGCAACCGCUACCCGGCGUGCGAGUGCAUCCACUUCGGCUCGUGGCUCCUCUUCAGCUUCCCCGUGGCUCUGCUGCUGCUCAUCUUCACCUGGCUGUGGCUCACCUGGCUCUUCCUGGGCUUCCGCAUUUGGGACCUGCGUCGCCUGUGCUCGGGCACGCUGAGCACCCAGGAGCGCAUGUCGGAGCGGCGCAUGCGGCAGGAGUACGAGAAGCUGGGCCCCAUCAGCUACCAAGAAGUGGUAACGGCCAGCGUCUUCCUGCUCAUGGUGCUGCUGUGGUUCCUGCGCGACCCCGGAUUCGUCCCGGGAUGGGCGUCCUUCUUCCUGAAGGGCUACCAGACGGACGCCACGGUGUCCCUGCUGCUGGGCUUCCUGCUCUUCGUGGUUCCGUCGGAGAGGCCGCCACUGCCCUGGCUCUCCAAGACCCAGAGGGUAAAACGCGCGGAGGAGUCCAGGGACAGCUGGGGCAGCUCCCCGGCGCUCAUUAACUGGAAGGACUUCCAGGGCUGCAUGCCGUGGGAGAUCGUCAUCCUUGUGGGCGGCGGCUUCGCCCUCGCCGCAGGCUGCCAGGUGUCGGGGCUAUCCCUCUGGGUGGGCUCUCAGCUGCAGCCCCUGGGCUUGCUGCCGUCGUGGCUCGUGGUGCUGCUCUCCUCCCUGCUGGUGACCUCCGUGACGGAGGUGGCCAGCAACCCCGCCACCAUCACGCUCUUCCUGCCCAUCCUGUGCACGCUGUCGGAGAAUAUGCACGUGAACCCGCUGUACGUGGCCGUCCCCGCCACGCUGAACACUUCCCUGGCGAUGAUGCUACCCGUCGCCAACCCCCCCAACGCCAUCGCCUUCAGCUACGGGUACCUGCGAGUGCGCGACAUGGUCAAGGCCGGGCUGGGCGUGAACAUUAUCGGCAUGGCUGUGGUGAUGCUGGCCAUCCACACGUGGGGAUUCUCCAUGUUCGGCCUGGACAAGUACCCCGAGUGGGCCGCCACCAAUGCCACGGCGGGGCUGUGAGGCCCCCAGGGCGUCACGCUCCCAGGUGGAGCCACCCAACGCGUCAUCAUCGCCCCCCCCCCCCCCCCCCGUGUGCUGCUUUACGGGAUCGCGACGUUUGGGUCGUUCUUGAACACUAAAGGUUCAUCGCAAACUCUCCAGCGUUCAAUGAAGGCAUUGAAUCAAUCCGCUGCACAUGAAGUGAAGCCAUUUCCUGGCUAGCUAAUCUGGACACAGACUUAUGAGUUGCUAUCCAUCUAGCCAUGCGCAAGAGGGUGAAGACCCAUACGUUUUAAAUUCGUCCACGGAUCUGCACAACGACAAGGCUCUGUGUGCGCAACAUGUAAACCAUAAGGAUGUGCAAAACAAAUCUUCAGUAACUAAACAAAAUGUAAUCAAUACUUGAAUUACUUUUCAGAAAUGGGAAUUGAUUAAACCUGGUCUGAAAAGUAUAAAUCUCUGAAAUCUAAAUAGACCUACCACUGUUCUCGUGAGAUUGCCAAAAUAUGUCGGUGCCAGUUUCUCAGUUCAAGAGCUACAUUCUCGACACGCCUCGUGCAGAUACACCAGGGAACCAGAUUUGAGCCGUGUUUUCAUCGUAAAAUUACCCUUUAGCAAACCUGAAAUCGGAUGCGUACUAUCAAAUCUGAGAUUAGUGUCAGCUUACAUUUCAUAGACCGUAUAAGCAGCACACUUAGGAAAUAAAGUGGUGGUGGUGGUGGGGAGGGGGGGGGGGGCGCUCCACCGAGUCCCCGACACCCCCAGAAGAAUGGGGGGGGGGGGCUCACUUUAAAAGUGCCUUUUGAAAAGUCCUACCUCGCUCCUUACUCAAGUGCAAUAUCACGUGACGUUUGGUGAAACCCCAACGCGUUGUAAUGUCGCGUCCGCGGUUCGUUUCUUGUCUUCACGUUACGCGUAGGUCAGUGUUUGCAGAAACACCCUUGAAUGAUAUUUCACGAGCGGCAAAUACUGCCAGUGAAUGUUUUUUUCUUUCUGUGCAUCUCGCUUAAAAAUUAUUUAAGUGCAAAAUGAUUUCAAAUGGACCAGGUGCGUCUAAAAGAUUGUACGUAGUAUAGUUGUACUAAUACGCCGAGUUAUUGUUUUGUCGGAAUUUGCAUCGUGUCCUCUUGUCUUAGUUUCAUGUAGGUUCAAGGCAAGUAAAGGCGGUACGUGUAGUUAGGAUUAGAACAUUGUACAAUAACCCUUCCUCUACAAUGCAAGAGACUGGGGCGCAUUCCAUCACGCGGCACGCACACGCCAGAACUUUAAAACAGCGUCCACACUUUGAGAUGUUCACAAUGUAAAAAAAUAUCAGAUUAUUUAAAAAUAAUCUAAAAUAAUCUCAAUGACAAUUAUGUAACUGAAUACACCCGCAGCAUUCAUAACCGAUAUUUAGUCAUUCACCCAUGCGGUUUAAUAAUAGAAAUCGUAUGUUUACACAAACCUGUACACUUUACGGAUGGAGCGGUGGUGCAGUGAUUCACACGUAUGUACGUUGAACUUCUUUCGCACCGGACGUAGCUAACCAUGUUAAUCGGAGCUGCGCUAUGAACCCAGCGAGCCGAGUUUGAUUCCCGGUCGCAGCUUAACGUCUGUGGGAAAUUAUAUCUAAACUGGUCCUGGGCCUUCUUUUGACCAACCCCCACUGUUCAGCGUAAUAAGUAUGGUCAACGCUGCAAGACUGACACGAUAUGUGGGGAGGGCUUCAUCCAGCAGUGGACUGAGAAAGGUCUUUAAAUUAUUAUUUCAUUCCAUUAAACACUAGAUAUAAAAUCGACUGCUGCACGUCGUUACUAGUGGAGUUCCAAGUUAACAUUUUUGCACGCGUCACGACGGGUGUGCAAAUGUGAAAUUUCAUUCCAUGGCAAUGGCUCAUAGGUAAAAUGACUUAGUUUUUACGAUUAGCCGUUAUUUUUUUUACUUUGACAGAAGCAUGACACUCAUAUGAACAAGUACCUGCUGUCUUACAACAUCUCAAGUCAAAAAUAAAACAAACUGAAUUGACUUUUUGAUAAGUAUUACAUCUUAUCGUGACUGUGCUCAAAACAUUCAUACGAUGCAAGUUCUUUCAGCUUGCAAAAUCAACCUUGUGUAACAUUCCAUUACACACUGCUGUAUUAAUGUAUCGGCAAUUACUGCCAUCAAAUUGACGUGUUUUAAUCAUGCUGUGCCAAUUAAUCAACUGGCAAAAAAAUAUAUCAUUUGCUAGGAUUUUGUAUUUUAGAAAAUUGUCUUUCGCAGGUAAACAGUUCAUAGGUAGGUUUCUGGGACAAACGCGUGGCGUGGUAGAUGCUGAGAAAAAGGCCAAGGCCGAGCCGGUGUCCCAGCUAUGCACGGAAUACGUGUUAAAAUACUUGAAUGCGUUUGCGUGAAUGAUGCUGUAAUGGCCCCUUUCGGUACGGUCGUCCUGACGCCUUUCCCAUAUAACGUUGCUGAGUUAGCCGUACAAUGUCAAAUCAAGAUUUGUGUGCAGUGCAUUUUUCAAGCCUAGCCCUGCCAAAGAGAAGCAAUCCCCUGAGUGUUUUGCCAAUCUUGGGAGAUUAAUGACUUGGUACCUAUCGAUUCAUGUUUCCCUACGUCCAAAUCAUCUGUAAUGUGCCCGGUCCCAGAAGCUACGCGGGGCUAUACCUGGAUAGUGCUUUUGACGGGUAUAACCAAAACGCACGGAAAUUUGCUAGAGACAUGUUGGGCAGCAGAGGGCUAUUCUCCCCCAAGCAGCACUAGCAAGCGUCGCGGAGUAUGGUAAAGAUGUGGAAGGGUCCUAGUCCAGUGGAUUGUGAGCCUUCCCGCAACGAGUGGGUCGUCCAGUGGACUGAUAAAAGGCUGUACAUGUACCCAUUGAUUGGUUGGGUAGAAAAUAAAAAAUAAGAGAAAAGCAAGUUCAUCCAUAGCGGAGCCAGCGCGUUAAUACGAGUACCCAUUAAGCAAAAAAUGUAAUGCAGGAUUUUGCACAGCUCUGGCAGUGCUUUUGGUACUCGCGUUAAACAUGUAUGCUCAUCACCACAGGCGCAUCAUCACUUCCUAGCAAACGGCACACACACGUUCUCCACUGCGGAGUACAGGGCGUUCUGGUUCGUGGUUGGGAUUAUUUAAAUUCCCAAGUAACGCCUAAGGCACAUCGAGUAAGAGGCAGCUUUUCCUUUAGAAAACGAAAUGUUGGUACGAAGGCUGGGGGAAAACGCAAGUGUCGAGUUUCACAUCUGUCCCACCAAUUAGUUUAGAAACGUUUUGCCCCCACGUGCAAGUCGGUCACAACAUCUAAAACUCAUUGGCCACUUGGGUCCACUGUAAUAAUGUCCUCAGCCAAAUUCCGAUUACUGUACCGAGGUUCCACCAACACGAAAAAACCUGACCGGUGUUGGCACCGCCGAUGUUUUCCAGCGUUGCAUUUCUAACGCGAGUAGCCCGAGUGGUCCCAACCUUACGGGGUUAGAAAGGACACGGUGAACUCUGGUGCGAGAGCUGUGUGCAGCUGCCGACGUGACUUCCACCAAAGCGCCCACUGCCUCUGGUGAUAGGCUCACAACAAUGUGUCGGGGGCGACGCUAAGAGAGAUGUUAUUUGUGCCACACUUUUUAUUUCAUAGCUUUAAUUUUGUAAAUCGAUUUUGUAUUGCAUGUACACACUGGAAGCAUUUUUUUUUAAAUACAGCUCGCGUAUGAAUUUUGGUGCCUUUUUUUAUUGAACUGGUACUUUCGUUUGCUCCACGGACAUGGCACUCUUUGUCAGUGUUCUUUAACUAACCGACAGCCCACGGGCCAAAUGUGGCUCGGAAGGCUCUUGGGAGUGGCCCGCUGACAGAUAAAUCGAGACAGAUUAGCGAGUUGAAAG